UUUGCCCUCACUAGACAUGGCGCUGGCCAGCGUGUUGGAGAGGCCGCUGUCUGUGACCCAGCACGGGUUUUUCGGAUUUGGGGGUCGCACGGAUCUGCUGGACCUGGGUCUAGGACGUCCCAGUGAUGGACUGAGUCUCGCCGCACCGAAGUGGGAUGUCCCAGACGAACCGGGAAUCGAAAUGCUUCAUGGAACCACCACCCUGGCUUUUAAGUUUCGUCAUGGAGUCGUUGUUGCAGUGGACUCUCGGGCCACAGCGGGUGCCUACAUUGCCUCCCAGACAGUGAAGAAGGUGAUAGAGAUCAACCCCUACCUCCUGGGCACCAUGGCUGGGGGUGCAGCAGAUUGCAUCUUCUGGGAGCGGCUGUUGGCCCGGCAAUGUCGAAUCUAUGAGCUUCGAAAUAAGGAACGCAUCUCUGUAGCAGCUGCUUCCAAGCUGCUUGCUAACAUGGUGUAUCAGUAUAAAGGCAUGGGGCUGUCCAUGGGCACCAUGAUCUGUGGCUGGGAUAAGAGAGGCCCUGGCCUCUACUAUGUGGACAGUGAAGGGAACCGGAUUUCGGGGGUCACCUUCUCUGUAGGUUCUGGCUCUGUGUAUGCCUAUGGUGUCAUGGAUCGGGGCUACUCCUAUGACCUGGAAGUGGAAGAGGCCUAUGAUCUGGCCCGUCGAGCCAUCUACCAAGCCACCUACAGAGAUGCCUACUCAGGAGGUGUGGUCAACCUCUACCACGUCCGGGAGGAUGGCUGGAUCCGAGUCUCCAGUGACAAUGUAGCUGAUCUACAUGACAAGUAUAAUCGGUCUUCCCACUGAAAGAGGGUGGAUGUGGGGCUGCUUGCAUUUCUUGGGGUGAUUGUCAUUGGUAAUAUGGGUACAACACUCCAUCUUCUAGUGGAGGAGUCCCUGAUAGUGUUCUUUUUCUAGCUCUUGUACAUUGUCCUCUAUGUUUAUCCUAUGUUAAUAAGCUGCUGCAGAGGUAACUAUUUGUUUUACUUUCUUUGCUGUUGACAUUACAGUACUCAGCCUCA